AUAGCACGUUUUAAUAUCUUAUGAACACGUCAUAACAUGCUAGGUAACAAAUACGUCAAGUUAUUAUCACGUUUGGUAGAAGAAAAACAUGUGCCAAACCGCGUGAGUGAACGUGAUCAUUUUUUUUUAUUAUUUUUACAAUUGACAUAGAUACUCUGGGUUUGUCUGAGUGGAUGUAUCUCGUCAAGGCUCCGGUAUUUCCACGACACUCUCCUUCCACACUGAGUCCAAACCUACAGUCACUGGGUCCUGAUUGUGACAGUGGAGCCCAUUUUGAAUUGCAGGAUCCAGAGAUGGCAUCAGUGAAGCUGGAAGACUGCAGUCAAACACUGGAACUGAAUGCCAACAUUAAAGAUUAAGAAGUGGAGGAGAAGAUUGGGACAUCUGUUUCUCAUGGACUAGAAUUAAGUCUGAGGCCGAUAACAUCAACAGUAGUGACAAACCAAGCCUGCCGCUCUCCUUCCACACUGAGUCCAAACCCACAGUCACUGGGUCCUGAUUGUGACAGUGGAGCCCAGUUUGCACUUCAGGAUCCAGAGAUGGCAUCAGUGAAGCUGGAAGACUGCAGUCAAACACUGGAACUGAAUGUCAACAUUAAAGAUGAAGAAGGGGAGGAGAAGAUUGGAACAUGUGUUUCUCAUGGAGACCAUGUUGAGACAUUCUCUACAUCCAGAGAGCAACAGCAGGAAGAUCACAGACCUAAGAGGUCUCACCACUGCCCACAUUGUAAAGAGAUUUUCCCAAAUCUUUCAAAGCUAAAAAUACACCUAAAAAUUCACACAGUUGAGAAUCUGUAUUCCUGUACUGACUGUGGGAAGAAUUUUAUAACAUUAAAGGCUCUGACAGGUCAUCAGAGAGUGCACACAGGAGAGAAGCCUUACUCCUGCUCUGACUGUGGGGCGAGUUUCUCUCAACUGGGCACCUUAAAACAACAUGAACGUAUACAUACAGGAGAGAAGCCUUACUCCUGCUCUGACUGUGGGAAUAGUUUCUGUCGACUGGGCCACCUAAAAGAACAUGAACGUAUACAUACAGGAGUGAAGCCUUACUCCUGCUAUGACUGUGGAAAGAGUUUCUCUCGACUGGGCACCUUAAAAACACAUGAACGUAUACAUACAGGAGAGAAGCCUUACUCCUGCUCUGACUGUGUAAAAUGCUUCACAACAGCAUCUCACCUAAAAGUUCAUCAGCGAACACACACAGGAAAGAGGCCUUACUCCUGCUCUGACUGUGUAAAAUGCUUCACAACAGCAUCUCAGCUAAAAGGUCAUCAGAGAACACACACAGGAGAGAAGCCUUAUUUCUGCUCUGACUGUGAGGCGAGUUUCUCUCGACUGGGCCACUUAAAAGAACAUGAACGUACACACACAGGAGAGAAGCCUUAUUUCUGCUCUGACUGUGAGGCGAGUUUCUCUCAACUGGGCCACUUAAAACAACAUGAAUGUGUCCAUACAGGAGUGAAGCCUUACUCCUGCUCUGACUGUGGAAAGAGUUUCUCUCAACUGGGCACCUUAAGAACACAUGAGCGUAUACACACAGGAGAGAAGCCUUACUCCUGCUCUGACUGUGGAAAGAGUUUCUCUCAACUGGGCACCUUAAAAACACAUGAGCGUAUACAUACAGGAGAGAAGCCUUACUUCUGCUCUUGACUGUGGAAAGGGUUUUUCUCGACUGGACUACCUGAAAACUCAUGAACAUAUUCAUACAUGAACAUAUACAUAGGUAGCCUAGUGGUUAGCGCAUUGGGCCAUUAAUUGAAAGGUUGCUGGAUCGAAUCUCCGAGCUGUCAAGGUAACAAUCUGUCAUCUGCCCCAGUACAAGGCAGUUAACCCAGUGUUCACCGGGCGCCGAAGACGUGGAUGUCAAUUAUGGCAUCCCCUGCACAUCUAAUUCAGAGGGGUUGUGUUAAAUUAUGAAGACACAUUUCAGUUGAAUGCGUUCAGUUGUACAACUGAUUAGGUAUCCCCCUUCCCUAGUUAAAUACUUGAGUGAAACCUUACUCCUGCUCUGACUGGAGCGUUUUUCUCAAAUGGGCCAUUUUCAAUUUUUUUUUCUACUGUGUUAUUGACUUGUUAAUUGUUUACUCCAUGUGUAACUCUGUGUUGUCUGUUCACACUGCUAUGCUUUAUCUUGGCCAGGUCGCAGUUGCAAAUGAGAACUUGUUCUCAACUAGCCUACCUGGUUAAAUAAAGGUGAAAUAAAAAAAUAAAUAAAAAAGGGUGGAACAAUCACAGUAAAACAUGAUUUAAAUGUAUUGCUGGAAGGGCUGUGGUCUCCAUUCAUGUAAUACAUUAAAUAUAUACAUCAGAUGGUAUUGGGGAGCUAUUUCAUAGGGUUUUCAUAGGUACAUUAAUCACCCAUUUCAAUCUUAUACCAACCAACCAUAUGCUUGGUGUGACUGUUAUGGUCAGAACAGACAAUCUGAUAUGCCCUUAAAUAUUGUAAUAUGCAACCUGGAAUUAAAAUGUAAGAGGACCAGUGCUUCUACAGUGAAUCACAUCUGUGCUGUUUGAGAGAGAUGUAACCAAUUAAAACGUAUCAACGCCUGAUUUAUAUUUACAACGACAGGGGAAGCACCGUUCCUGGAGGUACUGCAAUACCAGGUCGAUGCGUGGAGUGGACGGAGCAAGCCCCUAUUCCAUCUCCCUGUUCCAAAAAUCUAUUUCAUAUAUGGUCCCCAGAUAGGGGACGUGUCAGAUAUUAAACUGAUAAGAACAGAUUUAAAAAAUAUAAUUGUAUUUUCAUUUCUCUAUGAAUGCCCCCCCCCCCCCCCCAAAGGAAAUUAAACACUACCCGUAUGAAUGUUUUUCAUACACAUGGGAAGGGAAUGGGAAGCACAAGGGCAAGGUGAAGUAUUUGGUAUUUAUUCACAUAUUUAGUCGGUUUAUCUACUGUUUAUUAUUUCUCCGUUCUGCCCCUGAACAGGCAGUUAACCCACUGUUCCUAGGCCGUCAUUGAAAAUAAGAAUUUGUUCUUAACUGACUUGCCUGGUUAAAUAAAGGUAAAUAUAUAUUGAA